AUGGAUUUACUGUCAGAGUUGAUAGGAGAAGAAUCUAUCUAUAAUUUUUUGAAGCAAUUCCCAGAAAAAGAUUGAUUAGAAGUUAUAAAGAAAACGCUUCUUUAUGGAAUUCAAACAUUUGAGGUUAUCAAUAGCGCUGGGGUUGUGCACUUAAUUACUGUUAAAAGCGAAAAAGAGAAGCUGUCAGAUGUCGAAAAUUUGAAUAUCCAUGAAAGGCAUGCUUCAGAACCUAAUGCAAUUAUUGGAGAAAAGUUAUUAGAAGAUACCCAAAUCAAGAAACAAAGCAGCAAGUUGCAUAUAAAUAAGAAUACUUCGACACCAAGGUCGCAAAAAGCAAUUUCAAAAACUAAAAUUACUACCAUUCCGAUUAGGAAAACUGCUUUUGACACUCUCCUUACAUCAAAACAUAAUGCAAAAAUCAAAACUAGCCGAAAUAGCUCCGAUUUAAAAUCUAAAACCGGUAUUAAAAAUGUUUCAAACGAUAAAAAAUUCAAGGAAAAAUUUAAUAUAAAAAAAUCACAUGUUUUAUUUGAUAGCUCAGACAAAUUAUAUUUUUCGAUGAAACACAAAAAUAAAUCAUUAAGUUCGAGUAGCACCACGACGAAUGCUCAAAUUUCAGAGAGCUUUACUCAAUUUUUUCCGAAAGACAAUGAAAACUGACUAAGAAAAGAAAAUCAGCAAAUCCUUGUAAAUAUUGAACUAAAUUUGGAUCAGACUUCGAAAAGCGCAUUGAAUUAUACGACCAGUCCAAGCGACGACGAGUAG